AUGGAUAUGUCCCAGAUCAGCCCGGCCGACCAGGCCAAAGUACAGCUCAUGCAAGAAAUGGAAAUUGAAAUGAUGUCCGAUUUAUAUAACCGCAUGACAAAUGUAUGCCACAAGAAGUGUAUACCACCGCGCUAUUCGGAGUCAGAAUUGGGAAAGGGUGAGAUGGUCUGCAUCGACCGCUGUGUGGCCAAGUAUCUGGACAUUCAUGAGAAGAUUGGCAAGAAGCUGACGGCCAUGUCCAUGCAGGACGAGGAGCUCAUGAAGAAUAUGUCAAGUUAAUGCGUUUACAUACAAAAACACCUGUCAUAUUGGCACCAUUUCCUACUCAACCAAAUCGUAUUGUUUCCUGUUCCCCUACCGGCUGGAGCCCAAAGUGCAUUUCGAGCGGUACGAUAUGUUGUUUAAGGUGCAUGUACAAACACACAAAUCUAAACAAUAAAUAACACAUUUAUGCGUGCUGUGUAAUACUGA